UUCAAACUUCAAAAUAAACUUUGAUAAGCGGAAGAUAAAUAAAAAUAACACACAAUGAUACCUUUAUUUCAGUUUGAUAUUCAGAAGCUUAACGGCGGUUGCUUUUAUAGUAGUAAAUUUCGUAAAAAAUAUAUUAGAAAAUAUUAAAUUCGUAUAAUUUAUAGUGUUAACUAGAACCAAAGUGUUAAAUAAUGGCUGGUGUCUUGUUAUUACAAUCUUCCCCGCCUAAAUUGGAGGAUAUUCAAAAACGAAUUUUUAAUAAAGACGCUCUCGAUUUCCUAGCAAAUUUGCAUAGAGAAUUCGAUUUAAAAAUCGAUCAACUUUAUAAAAAUAGGCUAAAAACUGCAGUCGUUUUAAAAUCAGGUUCGCCUUUAAAAUUUAAAGAAUCUUCCGAAAGGAAAGACUUUUCGUGGAAGAUAGCUCCAUUACCUCCUAGGCUAAAUAAUCGUCAUAUAGAUUUAGGCGAUGUGUCAGCAUCAAAUUCAGCACAUUUCAUUGCUGCAUUAGACUCCGAUGUUCAGGGUGUCCAGGUUGACUUUGACGAUGGACACUGUCCAACAUGGAGAAACCAAUUACUCGCGUUCAACAAUAUCAAUCUUGCAGUGAAUGGUAAACUUCCUGGAGCACCAAUUAGUAUUACCACUUGUCCUAUUUUAAUGCUUCGACCUAGAGCAUGGAAUAUGAUAGAUCACGAUAUUCUGAUUAAUGGUAAGGAAGCUAUUGGUGCUCUAGUUGAUUUUGGUAUUCUCAUGUUUCAUAAUGCCAAGAAACUAUAUGAAGCGAACAGCGGUCCAUACUUUUAUCUGUCCAAGUUAGAAGGUGCAUCCGAAGCUCGUCUUUGGAAUGAAAUAUUUGUAUGGACACAGAAACAGCUUGAUAUACCUCAACAAACUAUAAAAGCAUGUGUUUUAAUAGAAAAUAUUGUUUCAACAUUCGAAAUGGAUGAAAUAUUAUAUGCAUUGAAGGAUCAUUGCAUCGGUUUGAAUUGUGGUAUUUGGGACUACUGUGCUUCAAUUGUUGCUAAAUUUGGAGAUCAAAAGGAUUUUUUAUUGCCGGAUAGAAAUAAAUACGUGAAUAUGGACCAAAAGUUUCUCAACAGUUACAUGAAAUUAGUAGUUAAUACUUGUCACUCGAGAGGCGCUUUGGCUACUGGGGGCAUGGCGGCCGCAAUGCUCAAGCCGGGCACCGAUGGGACUGACGAAUCGUCGAAGAUCAUAGUGAACAAAGUGCUCGAAGCCAAGCUGAAGGAAAUCGAGGCGGGCGUUGAUGGCUUCUUGGUGUACGAUUCCCGUAUCGUACCACAUGUAAAUGAGCUCUGGAAGAAAAGCGGUGCAACUCCAAAUCAAAUUCAUCGCAUAUUAGACCUUAAAGUAACACCAGAGGAUCUAUUAUUGAUUCCAAGCGGUGGCGUCACUAUGCAAGGAUUGAAGCACAACGUGGCGGUCACGAUCCUAUUCAUUUAUCACUGGUUGGCGGGAAUCGGUCAUUUCUUCUAUAGUGGUAAUGUUGAAGAUUCGGCGACCGCGGAAAUUUCUAGAACACAGAUUUGGCAGUGGAUUCGAUUUUCGCCUUAUUUGGAAGAGGAUUCAAAUAAACAAGUAACAUUGAAACUGGUCGAAAAGGUCGCGUCGAACUUCGCUGCGCACGCGCAUAAAAACCUCUGCCGUUCGAACGCGGAACGGAAACGACUCACAGCAGCUAUGUACAUGAGCUUAGAAUUAUUCUUAUGCCGAAACCCACCAGAAUUUAUAACCAGCUAUCUAAACGACAAUCACAAAUUCAGAACACUACAUAAUAAAUCGCUUUUGAGUAACCUUUAGUAACAAUUGUUUUGUAACGGAGAGGAGUGACAAAAAUAAUGUCUCUAAUAUAAUACACUGCGAACGGUUCUUGGUUAAAAUAUCUUCAUUUACAAUUACUUAUAUUCGCUUUAAUUUUACAUCCAAAGUUCCGUAAACAACUUUCGCCGACAUUCAAAACGCCAUUUUUUCACUAAUCCAUAAAUCUCGACCAAUGAUAUUGCGCCAAUUCAAAGUAGUUGAUUUGUUACUCCUCUUGUGAUUGGUGUAAGCUUUACGUACAGUCGUACGGGUAUAGACGUGUUGUCUAUGCCUUUGGUGUAUCUUUUAUUGACAUUUAUAUGAACGCUAUUGUUGUUGUCUGUCGUUCAUAUCCUCGGGUAUCGUCACAAACUAAAUCUUAGGAAUACUAUAUACGAUUUAAUAGGACACUAAUUUUGAAAUAAUUGGCUGUAGGGUGCCUACUGGUGUUUAUUUAAAAGUUUUUAAUUAAAAUGAAAGAUUAUCUCAUUAAUUUAAAUACUAAUACUUAUAUAAUAAAUGCGAAAGUAAGUCGUUCUGUCUGUCUGUUACUCUUUGAUGGCUAAAGCACUAAACCAAAGCAAGCCUCAACCCCCAAGGAAGGACAUAAGGUACUUUUGUGCUUGACACCUGUAAAGUUAAUAUUUAUGGACUAAUGCUAAUAAUUCACACAUUUUGAAUAAAAGGGACCAAAAGUUUAUUAUCCACGAACAAUUAGGGGCCAUUCAUUUAUUACGUAAGAUUAUUUUCGCUUACUUUUGACGUCCUCCCCCCUAUAAUAAGAAAAAAUAAGAAUAGGAAAAAUAAAAUUUUAUAUAUCUAACUUCUCGAUAUCUGGCAUAGAUUUUCAGAUAAUUUUUUUUUAGUCUAUAUUAUUAUAAAACCAAGGACAAAAUAUAUUUUUUUACAAUUUUUCUU